GGGGCUCUCUCGAGGUCGUGGGAGGGCAGCGGUGUGCCCGGGGGGAAGGAGGCCGAGGGCAGCCCGGCCCGUGUCGGCGUAGCGCCGCCGGCGGGAGCCAGGGGCCGUCCCUCUGUGCCGAGCUCUGACAGGAGGCGGUGGCGGGGUGAGCUCGGCCCUGCCCCAGGUCACAGCGAGGGGACCAGAGAGGAUGGCCUGACGUUGCACCAGGGGAGGUGCGGGGUGGGUGUUAGGAGGUUUGUUCUCAGCGGUGAUGCGCCCAGGGAGGCGCUGGAUGUGGCACUGAGGGACGUGGUCGGUGGGCACGGUGGGGUGGGUCGGGUCGGGCUGGGGGAUCCUGGAGCUCUUUUCCAGCUUUAAUGGUUCUAAGGUUUUACUUAACGAGAGGUAGAAGCUGUUACCUCCUUAUUUUGUGAAGUAAUUCUUCGGAGGUCUGACAACCACAGCUGGAGCAGCUUGGCAGUUGGUAACUAAGCAGCUGCUGGGAGUGCCCGGGGCUUGAGGCAGCUCCGUGCAAGGCAUCCGUGUUCCUGACGGACCUGGAGGCAUUGAGGACACGUUAGUGUUAGCCUGCAUGCACGUGGCGAGUAUGGAGAAAAUAACGAAACACGUGAAAAUCUGCAGUUAGCAAUUCCGUACGUUGCAGCCUAAAACAUGCACAAGAUUCCGACCUGUUGGGAUGCUGAGCUCCAGCUGCUUGAUUUUUGGUUCUGGGCAAGAUGACCACACUCACACGACAGGACCUUAAUUUUGGGCAAGUCGUUGCAGACGUUCUUUCAGAAUUUCUAGAAGUGGCCGUUCACCUUAUCUUAUACGUUAGAGAAGUUUACCCUAUCGGGAUCUUUCAGAAGAGGAAAAAAUACAACGUACCUGUGCAGAUGUCCUGCCACCCGGAGCUCAAUCAGUACAUCCAGGACACGUUGCACUGCGUAAAGCCACUGCUCGAGAAGAACGAUGUGGAGAAAGUUGUAGUUGUAAUCCUGGAUAAAGAGCACCACCCAGUGGAGAGAUUUGUCUUCGAAAUCACCCAGCCACCGCUCCUUUCCAUUAGUUCAGAGUCCUUGCUGUCCCACGUGGAGCAGUUACUGCGUGCCUUCAUCCUGAAGAUAAGUGUGUGUGAUGCUGUGCUCGACAACAAUCCCCCAGGCUGCACCUUCACAGUUCUGGUUCACACACGAGAGGCUGCUACACGCAACAUGGAGAAGAUCCAGGUGAUAAAGGAUUUCCCAUGGAUUCUUGCUGAUGAACAAGAUGUGCACAUGCAUGACCCCCGGCUUAUUCCACUGAAAACGAUGACAUCCGAUAUCUUAAAGAUGCAGCUGUAUGUAGAAGAACGAGCCCACAAAGGCACCUGAUUUCAGCUCUUCCUUUUCUUCAAGCCUCAUCCGAUCUUCCAGUGGAGUAAGAUCUUUCACAAACCAUACCUUGAUAGCCCAGUCUCUUCAGCUGGCCUUCUGGAUGAAUGUAGAGCAGCUGCUGCCUCUUUAUUUCAAGUGCUCUUACCAGUGUAUAUAGAACUGACUUGGAAUGUGGAGCCAGAGCCUGUUCCCAUGUACACUCAUGCGUGAGAGUGAGUAGAGGUCUCAUUACAGUGCAUCCCUGGGGGUAGGAUACAGCUGACUGCGUUCAGCUCCUUGUACAAAUCCAGUUCUUGCCUUAAACAGGACAUCUCCAUUGCACAUUGGUAGUGCUAAACAGGGAUCUGUUGUAUGCUCUGCUAGAGCAAUGGUCUUAGACCACGUGUGAGUGAGGCCUUACGUAGCAUCUGUCCACUGUGACCGUCCCAAGUAGUCUUCAAUAAAUAUCAAGUUUUACUCCAGUUGAAA